CCCCCCCCCCCCCCCCCCCCCCCCCCCCCCCCCCCCCCCCCCCCCCCCCCCCCCCACCCCCCCCCCCCCCCCCCCCCCCCCCCCCCCCCCCCCCCCCCCCCCCCCCCCCCCCCCCCCCCCCCCCCACCCCCCCCCCCCCCCCCCCCCCCCCCCCCCCCCCCCCCCCCCCCCCCCCCCCCCCCCCCCCCCCCCCCCCCCCCCCCCCCCCCCCCCCCCCCCCCCCCCCCCCCCCCCCCCCCCCCCCCCCCCCCCCCCCCCCCCCCCCCCCCCCCCCCCCCCCCCCCCCCCCCCCCCCCCCCCCCCCCCCCCCCCCCCCCCCCCCCCCCCCCCCCCCCCCCCCCCCCCCCCCCCCCCCCCCCCCCCCCCCCCCCCCCCCCCCCCCCCCCCCCCCCCCCCCCACCCCCCCCCCCCCCCCCCCCCCCCCCCCCCCCCCCCCCCCCCCCCCCCCCCCCCCCCCCCCCCCCCCCCCCCCCCCCCCCCCCCCCCCCCCCCCCCCCCCCCCCCCCCCCCCCCCCCCCCCCCCCCCCACCCCCCCCCCCCCCCCCCCCCCCCCCCCCCCCCCCCCCCCCCCCCCCCCCCCCCCCCCCCCCCCCCCCCCCCCCCCCCCCCCCCCCCCCCCCCCCCCCCCCCCCCCCCCCCCCCCCCCCCCCCCCACCCCCCCCCCCCCCCCCCCCCCCCCCCCCCCCCCCCCCCCCCCCCCCCCCCCCCCCCCCCCCCCCCCCCCCCCCCCCCCCCCCCCCCCCCCCCCCCCCCCCCCCCCCCCCCCCCCCCCCCCCCCCCCCCCCCCCCCCCCCCCCCCCCCCCCCCCCCCCCCCCCCCCCCCCCCCCCCCCCCCCCCCCCCCCCCCCCCCCCCACCCCCCCCCCCCCCCCCCCCCCCCCCCCCCCCCCCCCCCCCCCCCCCCCCCCCCCCCCCCCCCCCCCCCCCCCCCCCCCCCCCCACCCCCCCCCCCCCCCCCCCCCCCCCCCCCCCCCCCCACCCCCCCCCCCCCCCCCCCCCCCCCCCCCCCCCCCCCCCCCCCCCCCCCCCCCCCCCCCCCACCCCCCCCCCCCCCCCCCCCCCCCCCCCCCCCCCCCCCCCCCCCCCCCCCCCCCCCCCCCCCCCCCCCCCCCCCCCCCCACCCCCCCCCCCCCCCCCCCCCCCCCCCCCCCCCCCCCCCCCCCCCCCCCCCCCCCCCCCCCCCCCCCCCCCCCCCCCCCCCCCCCCCCCCCCCCCCCCCCCCCCCCCCCCCCCCCCCCCCCCCCCCCCCCCCCCCCCCCCCCCCCCCCCCCCCCCCCCCCCCCCCCCCCCCCCCCCCCCCCCCCCCCCCCCCCCACCCCCCCCCCCCCCCCCCCCCCCCCCCCCCCCCCCCCCCCCCCCCCCCCCCCCCCCCCCCCCCCCCCCCCCCCCCCCCCCCCCCCCCCCCCCCCCCCCCCCCCCCCCCCCCCCCCCCCCCCCCCCCCCCCCCCCCCCCCCCCCCCACCCCCCCCCCCCCCCCCCC